UUUGAUCAAGCAGCUGAUGCUGAAUUUGCCUGGAUUGCAGAAACAGAAAAGAAACUGAUGUCUCUGGGUGAUAUUAGGCUUGAGCAAGACCAGACCGCAGCUCAGCUGCAAGUUCAAAAGGCUUUUACCAUGGAGAUUUUGAGGCACAAAGAUACUAUAGAUGAACUUGUUAAAUCUGGGGAUAAGAUUAUGAACACGUGCACCGAAGAAGAGAAACAGACCAUGAAGAAAAAAAUGGAAAACCUCUUACACAAAUAUGAUGCAGUCUGUCAAAUGAACUCUGAGAGAAACCUCCAGCUGGAACGGGCUCAAUCCCUGGUUAACCAGUUCUGGGAGACUUACGAAGAGCUUUGGCCAUGGUUAGCUGAAACAGAAAUGAUCAUUUCUCAGCUUCCUGCGCCAGCCCUUGAAUAUGAAACUUUAAAGCAACAACAAGAAGAGCAUAGGCAACUGCGUGAGCUGAUCGCUGAGCACAAGCCCCAUAUAGAUAAGAUGAACAAAACCGGGCCUCAGUUGCUGGAGCUGAGCCCAGGGGAAGGUUUUUCUAUCCAAGAGAAGUAUGUGGCAGCUGACACCCUUUACAGUAAAAUUAAGGAAGAUGUCAAAAAGCGAGCACUGGCACUGGAUGAAGCCAUUUCUCAGUGUACCCAGUUUCAUGACAAGAUAGAUCCAACUCUUGAGAGUCUGAAACGCAUAGUUGAACGUCUGAGGCAGCCACCUUCCAUCUCAGCAGAGGUUGAGAAGAUUAAAGAGCAAAUCAGUGAAAAUAAGAAUGUGUCAGUGGAUCUGGAAAAACUUCAGCCGGUGUAUGAGACACUUAAACAGAGAGGGGAGGAAAUGAUUGCUCGCUCAGAAGGAGCUGAUAAGGAUAUAUCUGCUAAAGCUGUUCAAGAUAAACUAGACCAAAUGGUCCUCAUUUGGGAAGACAUCCAGACCUUGACUGAGGAAAGGGAGGCCAAAUUGUUGGAUGUAAUGGAACUAGCUGAAAAGUUUUGGUGUGAUCAUAUGGCUCUUGUAGCUACUAUUAAAGAUACUCAGGACUUCAUUCGAGAACUGGAGGGACCUGGAGUUGACCCAUCUGUAGUCAAGCAACAGCAAGAAGCUGCUGAGGCUGCUAAAGAAGAAAUUGAUGGACUACAAGAAGAACUAGAAACAGUUGUGAGCCUUGGCUCUGAACUUAGAACUGCUUGUGGAGAGCCUGACAAACCUAUUGUCAACAAGAGUAUAGAUGAG